AUGUCUGUUACACAGACAACAGUGUCAAUUAUUCACACAAAAACAUUGAAAAAUACAUUGAAUGUUCAUCACAGUCAUCUCGCACUUUUUAAAUGUUUGGAAAACAAGGGACAAUUAGCAUUUGAUGAUAACGACAAAACAGUGAAUAAUAAUGACAAUAAGAAUAAAAAACAAGCUUCUUCUCCAGAAGAACAAAUACGGCAGUCAUCAAUUUCAUCUAAAAAAUUAUUACUUACAAAUUCACCGCAAACAAACGAGCGUGCAUCAUUUAGUUUAGAAGCAACAUUUGAUCAAGAAAGACAAUUAUCAAAAAGUAAAAAUAGAAUUGUUCAACAAGAAGAAGGAAAUAAUAACGAUGAUGAUGGUAGUAGCGAUGAAAUUGUUUACAGUUGUGCAUUAUCUGAAGAAAUUGUGAAUGAAAAUGAAUCUAGCUCUAAUUCAUCUAUGGAUGAUAAUGAAUUAUCAGAUGAAGAGGAGAAUUCUUUACCUUUGGAUGAUGACGAUGAUGAUUCUGUACUGAAAUCAGAUACAUCGAAAAGUAACUCACAACGUGGUGCAUCUGAUUUUCAGCAGAUUGAAAGUACUAAUGAUGAAUCGCGGAGAAAAGCAUUUUUGAGUGUUGAUUCUGGUCACGUUGCAUCAGAUUCUCCAUCUGAUUUAUCACCAUCUACAUCACCAUCAUGGAAGAAACAUACAUUAUCAAAUAUUACGCUAAAACCAACUUUUCCAUGUUUGAAGUGUGGCUCAUCAACUUAUGGCGAAGAUGUUAUUUCCGUUGAAAAACAUUAUUUUCAUAAACAUUGUAUUAUUUGUACAAUUUGUGGAAAAAUAUUAAAAGAGAAAGAAUAUACAUUAUUUGAUAAAGCGAAUGACGGAACGAUUCAAUUUUAUUGUACACUUGAUUUUUGUAAAAGACGUUUAAAACAGGUACAAACGAAUAUAGCUGCAAAUAUUCAGAGCGAAAAACAACGUCAUCGUCUAUCAGACUUACCACGUUUGUAUCCUGAUCUAAGUUAUGAUAACAGAGACAAUAAUGAGACUAAAAAUCGAAGAAAUACAACAACAUUAACUACACCACCAUCGUCAACUACGUCUGCUGUUCCACAGCAAUCACUUACAUCGUGGGCAAAUAGUUUUCGUCUGUAUCCAUCGCUCACAGAUGCUCUAUCAAAAAAAUCACACCCGUUAAAUGUUGUCAAAUUACCAUACGCAGAUGAUGAUGAAGAGCAUACAAAUGGACAUGAGAAACCAUCAUCAGAUACCAUUAUUGGUUGGAAAACUGAACUAUUUGAUGACUCGACAGCAAAAUUGACUCAAAAUUUAGCAGCGACAACGUUGAAUAAAACAACUGAUAGUAAACAACGAUUUAAAAAAAGAGCUCGUAAUAGACCGCAUACACCACCAAUGCCGGAUACAUUCACCAAUGAAACACAACACUCUUUAACAAUUGAGAAAGACUUAAAUCAAAAUUAUGAUUUAUCUAAUAUGACAAAUUUAUCCUCAAAUAUUGAUAAUUUAUCAACAUAUUUAAAACGAAAUGAUUUAAAAGAGAAUAGUCCAAUGACAACAUCAAUUAAUCGAAAAAAGAAACCACUUCUAUUAUCGCCUUCUGUCACGCGUUCAUCCUCAUCCUCAUCUCAUCGUUCAUCAUCUAUUGAUCUAUUGAACAUGACUGAACGUCAAAAGAAACGUCUUGAAGAAAAACGUCAACGUGAUUUACGACAACAAGAAUUAAAGCGUUUGCGUGUAUCCCAAGAAAUUCAACGUGAAUUAGAUGAAAUUGAUGUAAAAAAAGUUGAAUUAGAAAAUCAACAUGCUGAUGUACAAGAAUCUUUAGCCAUUUGUGAUAAAAACAAACAAAGCUACUGGGAGGGAGAAUAUUUGCGAAUCGUUCAAGAAAAACAUGCACUGCAACGUCUUGAAGAUGAAUAUAUUAUUGCUCAAAAAGCUUUGACAUUGACGAAUGAACAAUCACGAACACAGCAAGAAUUAAGAAGAUUGUAUAGCGUGCCAGCUGAACAAAAAACGACGGACGAUAAACAACGUGAAGAACAAUUGCUUGCAAAAAAUACAGAAUUAGUUAGUGAACGUGAUCGAUUGACAAACGAAAUUGAUCAAAUUCGCCUAAGAGAACUUGAAGAAGACCAACAGAUCACAAAAGCCUACCAGUUACAUGGCGUACAUCCGAUACCAAAGCUGAUCUCGGGCGCGCUCGACAUUUUGAAAGAUAUUGUUUGA